UCCGGAGGUAUCCUGGAACAUCUUGACUCCUACUCCUCCUCCUUCUCUUCUUGUCCCUCGAGAGCUUCCCCCUCUCUCCCCCUCUCUCCUCUCCUUAUUAGGACUCAUAACUCUCCUCCUUCUAUAGAGGGACACUAAUUCACCAAUAGAAGGCUUCCCUACCUUAUUCUCCCGUCUCCAUCCCUCCCUAUUCUCAAUAAUGGCGAGGUGUGUAGCUCUUUAUGAUUACAUGGCUCAGGACAAUGAAGAGCUAACCAUUAGGAAGAACGAGACUCUAACAAUCGUCAGCAGUGACGGAUCAUGGUGGACAGUACAGAAUGAUGGAGGGAGACAAGGCCUGGUUCCUUCUAAUUAUAUCAAAGAGGUACAACAACCCCCACCACCAUCAUUCACUCCUGGUCCCCAGCCUUCAUUCUCAAUGGCUCCGGCUGGAGGGGGUAGACAGGCUCCCUUUAAACCAGAGAUGUACCAACAGACAGACCUCGUCGUUCCUUCUAAAAGCCCGGCCCUUAACAUUCCCGCCAUUGCCAAGUUUAGGUACGUCUCUACAAGGGAAGACGAGUUAUCGCUAGAGAAAGGAGAUAAAGUCGUUAUACUUGAGAAGGAAGCUGAUGGCUGGUGGAGGGGGAGGAAAGACAAUCACAUUGGGUGGUUUCCUUUUAAUUAUGUAGAAGAGACCGGGGGCCCUCCUGUACAACCAGACCCAAUACCAGCACCUAGCACCUCUCCUGUUAUUGAUAUGCACGAGCGCUCACACAUUCAUUUACUAAACAUUACUUUUCUAAUUAAAGCCCAAUUAAAGCCCGGAGAUUAUUCCAUAUCGAUGAAGGCCCCCGAUCGAACUAAGCACUUUAACAUUAAGCUACUUCCUGACGGGCGGUUAGGGAUAGGACAGAGGAAGUUUGAUUCAAUGGACGAGCUGAUAGAGCACUAUAAGAUGGCCCCCAUCUACACCAACAAUGAAUCAAAGAUGUACCUGACAACGGGACUAUCAAGAAUAUCAUGAUGUGACCUCAUUCUAUUAUUAUGUUGUAAACACACUUACCUUGUUUAAUGUCCCCUCUCUCUCUCUCUUUCUUUCUCUCUUGGACAUUGAAUUCUCUUUCCAAUGAUUAGACGCAGUCUAAUUAUUAUUUAAUUAUUAGUUAAUCAGGUUGUGUUAAUAUCAACUGGUUAUUUGUUAUGAUCAACUUUUCCACUCA